AUGGCGGAUAUUUGUAGAAAAUGGCGAAUAUGGAUAUUGCCAUUAUUAACUACUCUUUAUGCCUUAUUAAUAUGUAUCCUAGUGCCAAUAUUAUUGAGAAAUUCAAUAAGAAAUGGGUUAAAAAAACAAGAUCAAGGUGCUUUGGUCGGUGGCGGAUUUGUGCUUCUGUCAUUACCAAUAGCAUUUUAUGAGAUAAUACAGCAUAUGAUUCAUUACACGCAACCGAAACUCCAAAAGUAUAUAAUCCGAAUAUUAUGGAUGGUACCAAUUUACGCAGUAAAUGCUUGGCUGGGAUUAAUUUAUCCCGAAGGCAGUAUUUACGUAGAUAGUUUACGUGAAUGUUAUGAAGCUUAUGUUAUUUAUAAUUUUAUGAUGUACUUGUUGGCUUAUCUCGAUUCUGACCAUCAAUUGGAACGUCGGUUAGAAAUGUCUCCUCAAGUGAAGCACAUGUUUCCCUUUUGCUGUCUAUCCGAUUGGCGAAUGGGAAAAGAAUUUGUACAUAUGUGCAAACAUGGAAUUCUUCAGUAUACAGUAGUCAGACCCUUAUCAACAGCUAUUUCUUUUAUUUGUGCAUUAAAUAAUGUCUACGGUGAGGGUGAAUUUCGUGGAGAUAUCGCAUUUCCUUACAUGAUUGCGCUUAAUAAUUUAUCCCAAUUUAUAGCAAUGUACUGUUUAGUUUUAUUCUAUCGGGCUAAUUCAGAAAGCUUAAAGCCAAUGGAACCUAUUGGAAAAUUUUUGUGUAUCAAAGCUGUAGUAUUUUUUUCAUUUUUUCAAGGCGUGUUGAUUGCAAUGUUGGUAUACUUCGAUGUAAUAUCAAGCAUUUUUGAUACUGAUAAUACCGAUGAUAUUCGUCAUAUAUCUUCAAAACUUCAAGACUUUCUUAUAUGUAUUGAAAUGUUUUUAGCAGCAGUUGCGCAUCAUUUUAGCUUUAAACAUUUAGGAGUUGUCGGAUUAUCAUUAAGUCGGAGAAUUCGUGGUCGUAGUAACUAUCAAGAAACUUGGGGAAGUGCUACUGAACGUACCUCACUUUUACCAGAUCAAAUUCAAGUUAUACCAGGCUCCAAAAAUUUACCAAGUUGUUCAGUAACUGAAUAUGACCCAAGUUAUUUUAAUGAAAAUUCAAAUAAGCCUAACGAUGAUAUUACAGACGCUGGUCAUGCAGGACAUGUUAAUUUUAUCGAUACGUAG